CUUGAUUGUUAAUCCUUCAGAUGAGCUCGCGUGGUGGCCUUUAGCUUUCGAACUUUGAAUCCAACCACAGCUGUUUAUUCAGAUACAUUUCCCGAACCCAUUGACUUUCGAAUCGAUACUUAGUCUCAGCCCUUCGUCCAAGUACUGUCCGUGGCCUAACUUCCAUGAGCCACCUUCGAACUGCCAGCUCAAGAUUCGUCGGAGCCAUCGUCAACAACGGCAUCUUCCCCGCAUCUACAGCAAACCGUCUAGCGACAGCUUUGCUGAACACGACAUCGUCAAAACCUUUCCUGACCUGCUCAUAUUCUACCUCUUUCCGCGCCAGACGGCCUGCCUCAGCCCUCCACCCAAACCCCUUGAAGAGCUUCGCCAGGAUGGCAUCUUCUGUUCCUAGCACCCAGCGUGCCAUUUUGGUUCCCGAGAAUGGCUCUGCUGACGUUCUCACGUAUGUCGAGAACCACCCGGUUCCGACCCUGUCUGAUGGCCAAGUCUUGGUCAAGAACACUUAUUCCGGUGUCAAUUUCAUUGAUACUUACUUCCGCACAGGCUUGUACCCUGCUCCAGGAGGAUUACCCUUGGUCAUCGGCCAAGAAGCCGCUGGCACAAUUGCCAAAGUUCCUGUUGAUAACCCAUUGAAUUUCAAGGUCGGGGAGCGUGUUGUCUGGAUCGCAGGCAAGGGUUAUGCAGAGUAUACUGCCGUUAAUGCCGACCGAGUCAUUCGCAUCCCAGACGGUGUCAGCGAUGAAAAGGCCGUCGGUGGUUUCCUUAUGGGUCUUACUGCACUCUCCCUCAUCAAGGAAGCCUAUCCUGUCAAGUCGGGUGACACGAUCCUUGUUCAUGCAGCAGCUGGUGGUAUGGGACUUUUGCUCUUGCAGCUGCUCAAGGCUAUCCCUAAUGUUACAAUCAUCGCAACAGCUGGAGGACCAGAAAAGUGCCAGUUGGCCAAGGAAACGGGUGCUACCCAUGUCAUCGACUACAAAGCUAGCUCCGGACCAACCUGGGUAGAGCAGGUGCUCAAGUUGACUGACGGUAAGGGCGUGGAUGCCACUUUUGAUGGCGUUGGCAAAGACACCUACGAGGGGAGUCUCGAGGUUGCCAAGAGGAAGAGCAAGGUUGUAUAUUAUGGCAAUGCUUCCGGUGCUAUCCCACCAUUCAACAUCGCCCGACUAGCAGCCAAGAACGUCUCCAUUAUGCGAUCAACCCUCAUGAACUAUAUCGUGACCCGCGAGGAGCUGGAAUACUAUGCCAACGAUCUACUGGACCUCAUCAAAAACGGCAAGUUGAAUAUCAGGAUCCAUAAGAUAUACGACCUCAAAGACGCCGCAACAGCUCAUAAAGAUCUAGAAGGACGGAAAACAACUGGCAAGCUUCUGUUGAAGUUAUAGGAAAGUGCGAAGAGGAAGGAUGAUGGUUGUGGCCUGUACGAGUCAACGAGUCCUGUCACCUAACCAUCGAAAACGGUACAGUUCUUGCACAUGUCCUUCUCAUUUACCUACAUAAACUCGGUUCAGGCCGAGUCACAUAUUUAGAGACCAUUUGAACCAACCAUUGAUCGGACAUAUCAGCCAUUUAUCAUGGCCAAACUCGCA